AUAGCACAGAAUAUGGCGGCGAAAAAAUGAAUGCACGCAUCUUUGAAAAAGGAAGGUGCAUGCAUGGUAGGAAGAUGUUUAAUUACGUUGAUUCUUUAGAACGAAAUCGGAUAUCUGUAGCCAUCAUAAUUAAUGAAAAAUCUAUCAAAACGCCUAUAUAGAGCGAUCUAGUCUCCCUGGUCUCUUGUUUAUUUUUCAAAGAAUGGAACUUGAUCAGUAAAAUAUAUCGUGAAUCGGAGGAGAGAAAAUGCUGCAGCAGAAGAAUCUCUGGGUGCUCUUAGCAUUGAUUAAUACUCUAGGACUUGUUGGAUUUAAUCAUCUGUGCCAUGCAGAGGGAGAGGCACACCGUAUUCUUUUGGACACAGAUGUCGAUACUGAUGAUGUCUUCGCUCUUUUCUACCUCUUGAAGCUCAACAGAUCACGAUUUGGAUUGGAGGCAGUCACUGUGAACACGAACUCAUGGACAGAUGCAGGGCAUGGUGUGAGCCAAAUCUAUGACAUUCUUUACAUGAUGGGCCGUGACGACGUGUCUGUUGGGAUGGGAGGUGAGGGUGGAAUAGCAGAAGAUGGCCGCAUAUUCCCGGAUGUUGGUGGUUUUCUUCCUAUAGUUGAACAGGGGAAGACAACAGCAGGAGGUUGUAGAUACAGACAAGCUAUCCCUGCUGGUCCUAGAGGACGGCUGGAUCUUGAUUCUAACUACGGCUUACGGAGAGCAUUGCUGCCACAGGGCGGCAGGAAAUAUUCUCCUCUUCAACAGCCAACCGCCCAACAAGUGCUGACAGAAAAGAUAUCUGCAGGUCCUAUCACUGUUUUAAUUACAGGAGCUCAUACAAAUAUUGGCGUUUUUCUUAUGAACAAUCCACAUCUGAAGAACAAUAUUGAGCAUAUAUACGUGAUGGGUGGGGCCGUGAGGUCAGACGGCAAUCUGUUUGCAGACCUCUAUAGUAAUCCUUAUGCUGAAUUUAAUAUAUUUGCAGAUCCUUUUGCUGCAUACCAGGUUUUACAUUCUGGAAUUCCUCUCACACUUGUGCCCCUCGAUGCAACCAAUACCAUUCCCACAAAUGAGAAUUUCUUCAAGGCAUUUGAGCAGAACCAGCACACCUACGAGGCACAAUACUGCUUCCGGUCCUUGAAAAUGACUCGUGACACUCGGCCCGACGACAACUUUUACACUAGCCAUUACAUGUGGGACACCUUCGCAGCUGGUGUAGCAGUUUCUGCCAUGCGUAACUCGCAAAACCGAGAUGAAGAAAAUGAAUUUGCUGAAAUGGAGUACAUGAACAUAACAGUAGUGACUUCAAAUGAACCUUUUGGGAUAAGUGAUAGCUCGAAUCCAUUCUUUUACCACCGUGAAGUCCCAAGGUUUAAUCUAACGAAAGGCGGAGUGCACAGUGGUCAUGUGCAGACAGGCCUUCGAGAUCCUCUUUGCCUCAGGGAGAAAGGGAAAGGGCGGUGUGAGGAUGGCUAUACAAAGGAGGUAAGUGGUGCAGAGGCAGUGCGUGUUCUUGUUGCUACGAGAGCGAAGCCUAAUCCUGACAGGAAUAGCACACUUGACAAAGCAUUCUACAAGAGCUUCUUGGAUGUCCUGAAUGACCCUCAACAAUCUGGGAGGUUUAAUUUUACCUCUCAAUUUCCUCAUUACAAGGAAAUUCUUUACAGGCCGGACUUUGGAACCAAAGGACUGGGGAAGCCUGUUGUCUUUGAUAUGGAUAUGAGUGUUGGAGAUUUCCUGGCUUUAUUCUAUCUCCUUAAAGUGCCCGUAGAAGAGAUCAACGUCAAGGGAAUCAUUGUAAGUCCAACAGGAUGGGCAAAUGCUGCGACGAUAGACAUUGUUUAUGAUUUUUUGCAUAUGAUGGGCCGUGAUGAUAUUCCAGUUGGUCUAGGAGAUGUAUUUGCAAUGAACCAGUCUGAUCCUGUUUUCUCUGCGGUUGGAGACUGCAAGUACCUUAAGGCCAUCCCUCACGGGAGUGGUGGACUUUUAGACUCAGACACUCUCUAUGGGCUUGCUCGUGAUUUACCGCGAAGCCCUAGAAGGUAUACUGCAGAAAACUCUGUGAAAUAUGGAGCUCCUCGUGACACAGAUCACCCUGAACUCAGACAGCCUCUGGCACUGGAAAUCUGGGAGUCCAUUGUAAGAACAUUGGAUCCAGGAUCUAAGAUUACCAUAUUGACCAAUGGCCCCUUGACCAGUUUAGCCAAGAUAAUACAGAAAGAGAAUAAUAUAAGCUCUGUGAUUCGGGAGGUCUAUGUUGUAGGAGGACAUAUCAGCCAUGGUAAAACAGAUAAAGGAAAUGUUCCGAACAUCGAUCUAAAUGACUAUACAGAACUGAAUAUGUUUCUUGACCCCUUGGCUGCAAAGACAGUCUUUGAGUCUUCACUUGACAUCACGCUAAUUCCACUCGGCGUCCAACGCAGAGUCAGCUCCUUUCCAGAGAUCCUAGAAAGGCUACGCAAGAUGAACACAACACCCGAGGCAUUGUUUGCGCAGCGUUUGCUAUCAAGGCUUUACCACUUGAAGGAAACUCAUCGUAGAUAUCAACAUACGGAUACCUUCUUAGGGGAAAUCCUUGGUGCUGUAGUGUUAGCUGGUAAUUUUUCGAAACUGGACCCAACAUUCCGAGUCAAACCCAUCAAGGUCCUUGCUGAAGGUGUUGAAUCAGAGGAUGGACGAAUAGUAAUUGAUGAAAAACAAGGAAGAUUGGUUAAAAUAGUGGAGAAAGUAGACUUGGGAGCAUAUUACGAUCUUUUCACAGAGCAGCUGCGCAGCAAGGAACAAUCUGCUGUCAUAGGUAGCUUUGAUGAGCAGAGAAGAAAUUGGAGUGUGCCGCUAAAUUUAACCAAAGGUAAGCUUAGUUUAUUGGGCUAAUUAUUUCCAGACAACAGGAAAUGGUUCCUUUUUUUUAAUCUUUUUUAACUCAGAUAUUUUUUUAAUUGUAUGCAUAAACUCUUCUGUGUACAGGAUUUCACUAGACCAAUAACUCAGGAAGAAAUUAUUAGUUCUGCUCUUCUGUACUUGGAAUAGUGAAAAUAAAUACAUAAAGUGCCUGUAAACUUACAGGGAAACAGUGAACAUAUACAUUAAAAAUUUGGGUUCUAUCUUUUCUUGGAACAAAAUAUUUGUAAAAGGUUGUGUUAGGUUAGAAUUUUAAAACAGAAGUAAUAAAAACAUAAACAUGUUUGGUGAUAGUGAUCGGUCCUCUACUUGGAGACUGAACAGGCAAUGGCAACGAAACCUGGGUAGGUUUUUUUUUUUUUUUUUUAUCACAACUAACCUCCACGUUUGUGUCCGUUGCUUCGCGGCAGACAGAAGAGACAGCCUCAACAGAUUACGGUUGACCUUAAAAAUCAAAAUCUUUCCAGUUGAUUUCAUAAAAGUAUUGGCUGUCCAAUGAUUCAAUAUCAUGGUAAACUUAAGACCCAUCUGAGGGCUUUGUUAAACAGUUGCCAUUUAUAAUUGGCAACUUCAGAACUUGAACAGAUCUUUGAGGUAGGAAGAUCAAUAUUGCUUCACUAACCGGCCAUUGAAAUUGUGUGCUAGUCCUGUAAGAUCUUCAGUAUCAAACUGAGCGUACAGAUUGCAAAAAUUACUGCGGUGACAAUGAGAAACCAAUUUUUAAUUAAUUAGGAAAUGGGGCUCUCUUACUUCUACAAACAACACCAAUAUUGCACUUGAUUGAAAGAUAAAUCCCCUGCCUGUUAAAAAUACUGACUCUCAGUGUAAACCACCUUGUACGUUGUCGAUUGAGACCAAAAACCAACGUCCCUAAAACCCAAAAUCAAGUUGCCUAAAUCCUGUCAAAUCAAUGAUCUUGCAGUGAUGACUGCAUCGACAUUAACCUCUGGAAAUAUUGCAUGAACAAGAAUCCAUGUCAAGAAAUCAGAUCAGAUGCAGCUCUUGAAAUAUAAUAAUCAGCAGUCAAAACCAUUAGAUUGUCUAGCAUGAAGAACAAAGAAAAAGAUUGUAAAUAAAA